AUGGGUCCCCGCACCGCCAAGUUUGGGCCCCGAGGCUCCGCGCAGGUGGUGCAAGCCAGAGAAACCGGCGGCCACUACACUGAAGCUCCCCUCUCCAGGGCUCCUAGAACCCCUAGAAGCCGCCUCCAGCCCCUUGGCGCGCCCCCCACACACACACACCGCCCCAACCCCCCCAGUCCCUGCAAACCCGGGCAGGCCCCGUCCUACUGGAGCCUGCGCGGGGCCGGGAUCUCGGGCGCCCCCCGCCUCCCUCCGGGAUGCGGGUCUGCAGAGCGCAGGGACCCCGGGGUGGGGGGGGGGGGGGGGCUCCCGCCGCGGUUGGGGCGCGCACGGAUCCCCUGGAGAGACCCCGGCCCCCGGGGCGCUGGGGAGGGCGCGCCUUCCCCCAAGCCAACCCCCCAGGCCGCCCGGGCCUGCUUCCGGGAGCGCCCGACGCGCCCGCCUCCCCGCGCCCCUCCCCAGCUCCGCCCCGAACCCGGGGGUCCUCUCCGCGGGCGGAGGGCGCGCCCCGGGCCCGGCGACGCGGGCCGCAGCCAGCCCCCUGCCGCAGCCCCGCCCGCCCCGCGCGGCCCCGGCCCCUCGCCGCCGCCCCGCGCCGCUCCCCGGCCGCUGACCUGGCUCCACGAAGCCCCGCGCGCAGCGACGCAGCAGCUGCGCCACGAUCAGCGCCGCGCCCACCGCGUACACCCGCAGGGCCGCCCGCGCCGCGGACAAAGGCGACAUGGCUGCCCCGCCGCCGCCGCCGCCGCCGCUUCCGCGCCGCCGGCCGGACUCGGAGCCCCGGGCCGGACGGCGGAAACGCGCCCGCGCCGGCCCGCCCCGCGCCGCGCCCACGCCCCGCCCCGCGCGCGCGCGCCCCCGACGCCCCGAGCGCGCCCCCGCCCCUGCGCGCGCCCUGACUCCCCGAGCGCGCCCGCGCCGGCCCGCCCCGCGCCGCGCCCACGCCCCGCCCCGCGCGCGCGCGCCCCCGACGCCCCGAGCGCGCCCCCGCCCCUGCGCGCCCCCGCCCCUGCGCGCGCCCUGACUCCCCGAGCGCGCCCGCGCCGGCCCGCCCCGCGCCGCGCCCACGCCCCGCCCCGCGCGCGCGCCCCCGACGCCCCGAGCGCGCCCCCGCCCCUGCGCGCGCCCGCGCCGGCCCGCCCCGCGCCGCGCCCACGCCCCGCCCCGCGCGCGCGCCCCCGACGCCCCGAGCGCGCCCCCGCCCCUGCGCGCGCCCUGACUCCCCGAGCGCGCCCGCGCCGGCCCGCCCCGCGCCGCGCCCACGCCCCGCCCCGCGCGCGCGCGCCCCCGACGCCCCGAGCGCGCCCCCGCCCCUGCGCGCGCCCUGACUCCCCGAGCGCGCCCGCGCCGGCCCGCCCCGCGCCGCGCCCACGCCCCGCCCCGCGCGCGCGCCCCCGACGCCCCGAGCGCGCCCCCGCCCCUGCGCGCGCCCUGACUCCCCGAGCGCGCCCGCGCCGGCCCGCCCCGCGCCGCGCCCACGCCCCGCCCCGCGCGCGCGCCCCCGACGCCCCGAGCGCGCCCCCGCCCCUGCGCGCGCCCGCGCCGGCCCGCCCCGCGCCGCGCCCACGCCCCGAGCGCGCCCCCGCCCCUGCGCGCGCCCUGACUCCCGCCCCGCGCCGCGCCCACGCCCCGCCCCGCGCGCGCGCCCCCGACCCCCGCGCGCCCCCGACGGCCCGAGCGCGCCCGCGCCGGCCUGCCCCGCGCCGCGCCCACGCCCCGCCCCGCGCGCGCGCGCCCCCGACCCCCGCGCGCCCCCGACGCCCCGAGCGCGCCCCCGCCCCUGCGCGCGCCCUGACUCCCGCGCCGCGCCCACGCCCCGCCCCGCGCGCGCGCGCGCCCCCGACCCCCGCGCGCCCCCGACGCCCCGAGCGCGCCCCCGCCCCUCCGCGCGCCCUGACUCCCCGAGCGCGCCCGCGCCGGCCCGCCCCGCGCCGCGCCCACGCCCCGCCCCGCGCGCGCGCCCCCGACGCCCCGAGCGCGCCCCCGCCCCUGCGCGCGCCCGCGCCGGCCCGCCCCGCGCCGCGCCCACGCCCCUGCGCGCGCCCUGACUCCCGCCCCGCGCCGCGCCCACGCCCCGCCCCGCGCGCGCGCCCCCCGACGCCCCGAGCGCGCCCCCGCCCCUGCGCGCGCCCUGACUCCCGCCCCGCGCCGCGCCCACGCCCCGCCCCGCGCGCGCGCCCCCGACCCCCGCGCGCCCCCGACGCCCCGAGCGCGCCCGCGCCGGCCUGCCCCGCGCCGCGCCCACGCCCCGCCCCGCGCGCGCGCGCCCCCGACCCCCGCGCGCCCCCGACGCCCCGAGCGCGCCCGCGCCGGCCCGCCCCGCGCCGCGCCCCCGACGCCCCGAGCGCGCCCCCGACUCCCGACCCCCGCGCGCCCCCGACGCCCGGAGCGCGCCCCCGCCCCGCGCGCGCCCCGACUCCUGCCCCGAGCGCGCCCCCGCCCCCGCGCGCCCCGACUCCCGGAGCGCGCCCCCGCCCCCUGCGCGCGCCCUGA